UCAAACGUGCAAUGAUAAAUAAGUGGUGAUUCACUCGUUUGCGUGUACUCUUAUUUUCACGGUCCUGAAAGAGAUUAGGAUACACAGAAGCGAAAUCCCGGAGGCUAACCGUGGAUUGUCGAUCAUCAUCGUCAUCGGCGAAGAUCUGACGGUCGUCUUUCAUCGACCGAGUUGAAGACUCGGUGGUUCCGGUGUUUGUUUUCUGUCUGUUCAUUGUGUCGGAGCGUAUGUACGGCGAAGAGAUUCAUAUUCCUUUUCGAAGACUUUAGAACCAUAAAUCGUCGAAUUGUAGAUUGGCGGCGAGUUUUUGGUGUUCCGCAGAAGAACAGGUAUUGAAAACCCUAGUUUUUGAUUUUGUACGCUUUGGUUGCUUUUUUCUCUUGUCGCCAGAGAAGAGAAUCGUUUUGUUCUCCAAGCCUCGGACUGCGAAGACUGCGCUUUCUAUUCGGUAUGGAACUUCGGGAACUGCCAGAUCUAUGAUUUCUGAGGGCGUAGCUACGGAUUUUUUCGGUCAACCUGGAUGUUAUUUGGUCCUUGAUUGAAGAUCAAGACAUGUGGAGCCGAACUCUUCGGUUUUGAAUGUUCCUGUGCUUGGCGAAGCUAUUUUUUCAUUACAAUUUUGCUGGCAUUGCUAUAUCUUCAACGAUUUGGUUAUUGGCUUCUUGGUGCUUCUGUUUCUGUUACUGAAGAGUUCUCCACCUAGUGAGGUGUAAAAUUUGUCAGGAUCUACUUGAUCUAGGCAGAACUAGACCUAACAUGGGAAAUUGGCUUUGUGGAUGCGUUUUUAGAGAGUUAUCCUCCUUGGACGCACCUUCAGAAUGCCGAGUAAUAAUAUUAAUUAACAUUGAAUUGAAAUAGAAAAGUUUCUAGGGUUUUCCCCAGUGUAUGUGAUGAUUUGAUGCGGCCAAUAUUGCCAGUGAACAAUUCCAGAGGUUUUAUAGUAUUGCAGAAUAUAUUGUAGAUAAAGGCUGAUAGAUCCGUAACCUCUGGAAAUAAUAUAGAUUCAAGUCUUGCCAGCCUCAAAGGCGAUUCUGCUGCUUAUUCAUGGGCUUUCUGCCACUUCUUUCCUCUCUGAUAAUGUUUCGUUGGAGAUCUGUUGAAGCUUUUUAUAAUGGAGAUUUGAUCUAAGAAGCCUUAAUACCACUAGAAUUAAGACUCGCUUAUGCCUUUGCCCUGGGAAUUUUCAAGCUACUGUGGAGUUGAAUAAGAAAAGAAACCAACAAAAAGAAUCAUCCUGCAAUACUUGUGGUGGCAGAUUCUUAGUUGAUGGGAUAGGAAAUAUUUCUGCAAAUAUGCUUAGUACAGUCCGUCUUGAAGUAUCUAAUUCUAUCAAUCCUGAGUUGAAUUGGAAGAAAGUCACAAAAGGAAGGCGCUCAAGGAAACCUACUGGUAGAAGCUUGAAUUGGGGAGGAAAACUGAAGAAUCAGAGUCCCAAGAGGGUAGGAGAUUUUUCAGGUUUUGAUUCUGACAAGUUUUGUGAGAUUGCCAGUGAGCAACGGGUUCCUGACAAAGCGGAGCACAUUCCUAUAAAGAAAAGGAGGCAUUUGCUUCGGUCCAAAUCACCAUCCAAGGUACAUUUUGGGCUGCAGGAAGAGUCGUUGUCUCCUCAGUCAUUGGCUACUCCUACUCGAUCUGAAGAGCUUGAGCUGCUUUCUGAUCAUAAUCAUUCAUCAGGGCACAUGAGUUCAGAUUCUUAUUCCAGCAGUCAGUUGGCUGCACUAAAGUUUUGUAAUGGUAUUAGGCAUAACAUUAUGGAUCUCAAGUUUGCAGAAGUUGCAAAUGGGAGUUACUAUAACUCAGAGGACUUCUCAGGCAUUGCACUUCUUGCAGCAGCUGCAUGCAGUAAUGGUAUGGAUGACGACUCUGGUACUGAGAAGGAAGGUAGAGACCAAGUGGAAAAAGACAAUGUGACUCCUGAAAGUAGAGAUGAAUGCCCGGACUCUCUUGAAACUCUUUCAGUUAUUCCUCAUGGUGUCAAUGAUGAGCAACUCAGGGAAGAUAAGAGAUCUGUUUCUCCAAAGGUUGACAGACUGCAUUGGGACCUCAACACUUUAAUGGAUUCAUGGGGUCAACCUUGUGAUGACCAAGUCACAGGUAAUGCCCAGAAUGAUGGUGAUGGUAGUAAAAAAGAUAAGUGUGAGAUAGACAUUGGUAAAGAACAAAUGGUUCCUGAAGUUUGUCAGCAUGAUACAGAGAAUUUUAUGCUUUCAGCUGAAAAGGAUACAAAAAUUGCACCUUCAGUUUUGAAAACAGAUGGAAACAUGUCAGGAUCAGUUUCUUGUCUUAACAGAACCUCUGUUAAGGAGGAGAUAUAUGAUUUGAACCUCAGAAAAGAUUUUGAAUCCUUGGAAAUCAAAUCCAUUGACAAAGGAAUUUCUGUUCAUGUUGAUGAAAAGGAUACAAAAGUUUCACCUUCAGUUUUGAGAACAGAUGAAAACCUGUCAGGAGCAGUAUCUUGUCUCAACAGAACCUCUGUUAAGGAGGAGAUAUACGAUUUAAACCUCAGAAAAGAUAUUGAAUCCGUGGAAAUCACAUCCAUUGACAAAGGAAUUUCUGCUCAUGUUGAUGACAAGAAUAUGUCCCUUGGUGAUCAUCUUGCCAAUAAAUCAAUUCAUGCAUCAACAGCCUUAGUUUCUGAGGGAGCAUCAACUGUAGCCUCAGUUGGUGCUGUUGCUAUUCAGGACAGUGGAUAUACUCAGGAGUCUAUAAUGGGUGACCCUGCACGUGAUACUGGCUCCAAAUGUGGAUACAAUGAAGAUCAUAUUAGAACUUGUCAACUACCUGAUGAUAAGAUUUUAGGGAGGAAUGUGACUGACACAGUUAUCUCUAAAAUUCUGGAUGUAGUAACUUCUCAUAGUACCUGUGAUGAAGCUGAUAACUGUCAUCCCUCAACGAAAAGUGAAGAUCUCUCUGUUCUAAAGGCCACUGUUGGUGAUGGUCAGCCUAUAGAAGGUGAAGUCAAGUGGCAAGAGAAGAUAGCCUCUGCUUCUAUUGCCAUCGGAGUGGAUUCUCAAGUGCAGUUUGUACCCAAGGAGCUUAGUUCAAGGUGUUCUGAUGGCUGUGGAUCUAAUGGAGUGGAGCUUACUUUUUUGCAAGGGUCCAGCAAAAUCUUUAAGGAGGGCCCACAGGGUGAUGAUCUUCCUAGUCAUUCAAUGAAGAUUGGAUCAUUUCUCGAGGACUGCCACAGAUCAGAUAUUUCACAUGAGGGUCGUGGUCACACAAUUGUCUGUGAGGAUAUGAAUGGUUUUCAGGCUGGUUAUGACUCUCCAUUUGAGGAUGGGGAAUUAAGAGGAUCUGCUUUAUGCAGCUGGGAGGAAAAUGAGGCUGAUGGUGAGGUUGAAUGUGUUGACUAUGAUUCAGAUGGAAAUGGUUUGUUUUCAGAUGCUGCUGAUCACCAUGGCUCUGAAGUUGUUGAAGCUGGUUCUGAGGGUUCACAAGGUUCAGAGAAGAGAGUUUCUUCAGCAAGUGGAGGUGUAGAAGCAGAUUUCAGUAAGAGUAGUAUGUCUUUGAAGAACUUGAGGGUAGAGUCCAGGAGGUGUGAAGAUAAAAGUGACAUCGCUGGAAAGAAGGGAUCAGAUGCAGGUUUUGGUACCAUGGUACACCACUCUGCUGAUACUAGUGUUGAAGGAAAUGAUGAUCUGAAAAAAAGGCAUGGAUUUGGGUUCAGAUGGUCAUAUAAUGAGGAAUUUGGUUUGAGAACAGACAGAGGUAAGUUGCAGUCACGCAUUGAAGGACCACUAUAUUUGGAUGCAACAGAUAGGAAGGACAGUAUACUGUUGCAGCACCGCAGGCCCCUUAGUCUUGGUUGCUCAUACAGUAGACCUGAGAGAGAUUUUAGCCCUGAGAAAUUUGUGGGCAGAUAUAGAUCUGCAUUUCAUGUGCGGGACAGGAAUGCAGGUGAUGGUCACUGGGGCAGCUGGGAUUCAAGAAGUCGAUAUCCUUCUAUUCAUCAUGGCCCCGAGGGUCAUGGGAACCCCCGUCGAAGAAGCUUUGCUGAUUUGGCCGACAGGUUUGGUGGAAUGGAUUCUCGUGAUCAGAGACCAUCAAUAAAUUAUUCUUCAAAAGAUAUACAGAGGCCCCCAGGGUUUAGACGGAGGUUAUCAGUUGACAGAGAUGAUUGUUAUGAUGGUCCUAGGAGAAUGCUACCAGCUCGUGGAGGAAUCAUUAAUAGAAAUAGCAGAGGCGGUUCUGGAGGUUAUUCUCAAAAAAAUACUAGAGGCUUCAGGCAGGAAGGCAAUUUGCAUUUACCUGAUGACGAUGCACCAUCUGUUCGAAUGCGGCAUUAUUUAUCCAGGAGAGAUAGAAGCUUUUCUCCUUCAUUUGCCAAACCUGGUCGCAUUUCCUUGCCUCGAAGGAAAUCUCGGUCACGGUCCAGGUCUUCUUCUCCCCGAGCUUGGCAUUCACAAAGGGAUUGGAAUAUGAGCAUGAGACGGCCGGGUAGAUCUCCUGAGUUGAGGACAGAGACUAGAAUGGAGAGAAUGAGAGUUCCUUUUAAGAAAUCAAGUUAUGUAGCUGAAUAUGGAGAGGGGUUUGUAUCCCCUACCAGACGGCACUUCUCCCCUGACCGGAAAUCUAGAUGGAUGGAAGACCAAAAUUUUGGGGUUGGUUCCCAGUUGAGGCGUGGCAGAUCCCCUGUGAGAGGGAUCAGGAGGAACCAAAGAUUUGAUGGAAUGGGAUCUGAUCGAUUGAAGUCAGAUGAUUACUUUAGACCAAUGAUACGGACCAGGAGAUUCCCUAUGAUGGGCAACACUGGAAGGGUAUCCAAGUUUGAAAACAAUUAUAAUGACAGUAGACAUGAUGACAGAGGUGAGAUGAUGCAUCAAGUUAGGCAUUCCGAUGCUACCAUCGGAAGGAGGAUUGGACACGAUGUAGAUGAUAAAUUUGAGGCAGCAGGUGGCAACUCUCAGAACAACGAAGACAUCCAAAGUAGUGAUGUACAAGGGCCAGGGGGUGGUGGUGGUGGUAGUAGGGAGGAUAAGAGAACCUUUAUUAUACAACAACAGUAGUAGUGGGAGGUAUUUGCUUUUCUUUUCCUUUCUUUGUUUACAUUUUCCUACUAUCCUCGUGGCUGGGUAGAUUUUGCCUUGAGGAAACAUCACCAUGAAUGAAGACAAUAAGCAAUGGCCCUUGUUGUGCCUCUCUUCUCUCGGCUGGCUGGAGCCCGGAGGAAGUAGAUAGCUCAUUCUACCGUCCGUCGAACUUUCCAUCUUUUUCUUUAGUGAAUAGGAAAAAUGAAAUAAAUUUUGUUGCUCAUCAAUUAAUUGGUUUUAUUAUCUUUAGGAUAUCUUUUUCUUCUCUUGUUUUUUUGGGGGAGGGGGGAAGGCCUCUUUAAUUUGUCUUACAAUGGCCUUCUAUUGUACAUCUUGGUGGAGAAAGGACGUGGGAUGAAUAUUUUCUUUUGGUCAUAUCAUUAUCAGCUAAUGAUGCUUGUUGGCUUUCAAACUGUUACAUCUUUUUCA